AUGCUCUUCCUGUGGUUUCAAGGUUGGAAUAUGUGGGAGUCCACCCGUAGGAGUGAGGAAGUGGCAGCCGCAGCGGCUUUGCUACUUGCCCGAUAUCCCCCACGGAAAGUUAGCGUGAUCCUCGAUGGUGUUCUGAUGCUCUGUGGGCGGAAAAACGCAGAGGCCGUUGUGGACUUGAUCUACAGAAAAGUGGGCCCGGUGGAUACCCCGUGGCCGCUCCUGCGGUGUCCGUCCGCGGCGACGCAAUUGACGUCGACAGUUCCCCAUUAUUUUAUCGCGUUCGAGUACAACAGAAUUGGCGAGUGCUACCGUUGCCCUCUCUGCAAUCAAUACGUGUCUGGCGAUAGGUUUGUUAAUGUCCCCUCUGGGAUUUCAGGCGUGCUUCGGCAAGUGGAGUCAGCCGCAAAUCGUGUUUUUGCCGAGUAUGCGGAGCUCUAUUACGGAAAGAAGUGUACGGUUUCAGCGUACACCUGGGAAUGCGACCCGGUCCACGCGGAGAGUAAGAUGGGGCUCGCCGUGCUGAUCCAGCACCGUGCCAAAGCCCUAAACGCGAAGUGCCCCGGCUAUUCCUCGUUACACGGGAGCCAUGGCGUUUGGCAAAGCGCCCACGUGGGCGUCGUGGAUGUUACAUCAGGUUCGUAUCGUUUUCAGAGUUCUUUUUGCAUGGAUGCCUUUGUCCCUCUUGGGGCACUGCCGAAUACGCCAGGUGCCACGGGAAGGUUCAACGGAAGCGUUGCCUCGGGGCUGUUCGGUUUCGAGCGUUACGCCGCGACGGCGUCGCCGGAGGUUGGCGAACUGCUAGCCUCCAUUGGGGAACAGGUGCAGUCAACGGAAAAUAGUUACUACGGCCGCGUUUUCGAGAUGUAUUUUCGCGGGGCGCAGUUCUUUGCGGAGGGGAUGCGGGCGGCUUUUCCCCCAGGCGCUUCCUCUACGCCCCAAAGCCGUGGGCGGCAACAGCCUGCGGCAUCGGUGGGGGCAGGGGAGAGUUCGCGGCCGGCCGACGCGGACACGGGGACCCCCCCCGGCGGCCGCGCACCUUGA